AUGGAUUUACAUGUUAAAAAAGAUGAAUCUGUUAUUGAUAUUGAUGAUCAAAUCACUAUUGAUAAUAAUAAAAGAAAGCAACAUUUGAAUGGAAAAACAGUUAUUUAUAAAGUAAUUUUAGAUUCAUCUAAACAAGAAAAAAUUAAACCAUACAAAAAAGAAGAAAUUGGUGGAAUUGUUUCUUUUGUUCAUGAGAAAAACAAUUUUAGUAAAGCAGAUUGCUUUAUUUUUAAUGCUAAAGGAAUAUAUAGACUUUCACUUUCUUUAAAAAAUUUUGAUUAUUUCAACUAUCCAAAAAGCCUUAUGGAUGAAUUAGAUACUUUAUUUAAAAACAAAUCUAUUUUACGAAUUAAAAAUUGUAUUUUUGAUCAUUAUUUUUAUAUUGAGCAAUAUAGAGAAGGUAUUCAAGUUAUGCAAUUAUAUGAUUUAAGAAUCAUGCAAAUACAACAGAUUUUUAAUAUAUACGAAGAAAAAAAUUAUUCAAAUAAAAAUAGCAAAUCUAUAUUAGCUAUUUCAGAAAAUGAGCAAAUAAUUGCCUUUUCUUCUGGAUAUAGAAAAUUAGCUCUUUAUUUAAUAGAAAAUGGUCUAGAAAUUAUUCAUAAAGAUUUUGGAAGAGAUACAAAAAUAAUUGCUUCUGAUUUUAAGGAUGAUAAUAAAUUAAUGAUAAUUAUUAAAAAAGCUAAACAUCAGGAGGUAAACAUUUUACUUUGGAAUUUAUAUACAAAUGAAUAUCAAUAUAAUAUUCCAUUAAACAAAGUUGAUAUUAGUAUUUUUAAUAGUGCAAAAAUUCCUGGUAAAUAUGUAUCUGUUAAUAAAAAUGGAAGUAUAUUAUCGAUAUAUGAUAGUUUACAUUCAUUAGUUAGCAUGAAAGAUGCAAAUAAUCCGACACCAAAAUUUAUAAUAUGCAGAGAUGGUAAAGUACCAACUGAAAUGAACGUAUUAAAAUUUGAUAAUAAUAUUGUUUAUCAUCAAGAUCUUUCAAAAAAAGAAGCUCAAAUUCUUAAAGAUAAUAUAGAACCAUGGACAACAGAUAAUUAUGAAAAGAUAUGGGUAUAUCUUGACCUAAAAGAAUCAAUGCAAUUAUAUAUUGGAAAAUAUACUAUUCAAAUAUGGUGUAAAAUUGAGCAAAAAGAAAAUUUCGUUCUUAAAUAUUUUUGGGCUACUGAAGAUUAUAAUUUACGAAUAUUCGAAUUAGAUAUUUAUGAAAAUGGUUUUUCUCUCAAGUUAGAAAAUAACAUUCAGAUUAAAUGGUUCUAUAAUGAUGAUGAUAUUAAUUUAAUUAAGCAUGCUUGCGAUUCCCUUGAAUAUCUAAAUUAUCAAAGAUAUAAAUUAAUUGGAUUUGAAAAUCAGCAUGUAUUCGAGGAAAUUAAGUAUAAUAUUUCUCUUAUAGUUUGGAAAUUUAUUAGAAAUUAUCCGAAUAUUUGGAAAGUGUUGGAUAUUCAUUAUAACCUUAUGGCAAAAAUUAUAAUUGGUGGCACAAAUACUCUCAUUAAAUUUAUUCUAUUUGGCGAUGAAAAAGUAAAACUUAAAUAUUUACAUAUACCAAGAAUAUCUCGAUGGAUUAGUUCUGAAAAAAUUACUAAAAUAAAUGAUAAUUUGAAAAAACCUACAAAGGAAAAAAUUAAUUUAAGUAAAUUCAGUGAUUUACAACUAGCUAUUAAAAUGUGUGAAUCAGGAGAUAUUGAACGUAACCGUAGAAUUUUAAUUGUUACUUAUUUACUUGAAUAUUAUACAAAAAAUGCAAUUGAAAAUCAUGGAUGGUUAAUUACCAUUUCAAAAGCAUUACCAGAUUUAUAUACAUUUAAAUUAGAGUAUUUUGUGAGCGAAUUAUUUUACAAAACAUGUAUGGAAGGUAUAGAAAUAUCAAAUAUUAUUGAAUAUAUGGAUUUUAUGCCUAAAAACUUUCAUAUUAUUUCAAAAAAGUUUAUAGCAUUUAAACCAAAUUCGAAUUUUAAAUCGACAAGUGUACCAGGAUUUAAUUUUACAGCUUUAAGAAAUUAUGUUAAAAUUUUUUCCAACGAUCAUGAAAACUAUUUUCCGGUUGUAAAAAUAGUUCCUUUACAUAAUUUUACUGUUAAUAGAAUAUCUCAAAAAACUUAUGACUAUGAAGAUAUUGCAGAAAAUUUUUCACAACUUAGUCCAUUUGUUCAAAUCGUUAGAUUAGAAAGAUGCUAUUUAUUAAUUGUAGAAUAUACACAGUUUAGACAUCGAGGCUGGAGAUAUUAUAUUAAUUUAUUUAAUUGUACAGAUUUAGCUUCAACUAUCUUGGCAAUUUUUGUAAUGUCAUAUUGUGUUAUUCCUUCAUUUAAUACUAAAAACGCUUUUGCUAAUACUAAGACCAGCCAAGAAAAUACUAUUGCAAUUUCUUUUAGUAUACUAUUAUUGUGGUUUGAAUUUAUUUUAUAUCUUCGGUUAUUAUCAGAACCAGCAAAAUACAUCUACAUUAUGUUAAAUAUUAUUAAAGAGACUUGGAUAUUUCUUUCUUUUAUGAUUCUUGUAAUGGCAGGAUUAGCACAUA